AUGACUGUCACUAUUCUGGGAAAGCGCACUCGUGGUGCUCCAGACGGGGAAUCCUUGCCAGUCCGCACUGCAAGCAAGCGGCGGACGGUCGCGCCUCGAGCCAGCCGCGAGGCUGUUGUUCCCAAGUCAAUUCCUAGAACCCGGUCUCGUGCGAAGAUCGCAGACCAGCCUCUCGACCAGGAGAAUGGCGAUAGCAACAAGGUUGCGACAGAUAAAGCGCUUUCUAAGCAUUCACUUCGUGAGGACAAGGGUGCGUCUCCAACCAAGAUCAACCUGCAUUUCCGAUCCUCGAAGCUAGUGGAGGAGGAAGCUCCGUCUGCUCCGGCUGAGUUCAAGACACCCCAGAAGUCUCGCUUUCGAGAUGCAUUGCAACAUUCACCAGUCACACCUCGCCAUCGAGUACAAGUUGGAGCAAAGUCGACCACUCCUCGUACUCCUCGGCAGACCGAUGUUCUUCCGACACCCCGGCAAAGCGCGACCCCGACGACCACACAAUCUAUCUACUCACAAGCGAGGCAGCUGUUUGCUCGAGGUGUCAAUUCUGGAAGAUUGGUUGGCCGAGACUCGGAGCGUGAGAAAGUAGCCUCGUUUAUCAAGGAUUGUGUGGAAUCACGAAGGGGCGGAUGUCUUUACAUCAGUGGGCCUCCUGGUACUGGCAAAAGCGCCAUGGUCAAUGAAGUGUGUCAAGACAUCGAUCUCUUUAAUGUCAAGGUCUCCCAUGUCAACUGCGUGAGUAUGCGAAAUGCUCGCGAUGUCUACAGCAAACUCAUCCAGGAUUUUGGUGAAGACUCGGAAGUAUUCAAAAAGAGCGAAGGUGAUCGACUGAAAGCCAUGUUUCUCCCAUCCAAAGCAAAUGGCUUAUUCCUAGUCUCUUUGGACGAAAUGGAUCACUUGCUCAUGGGUGAUUCUGGUGUCCUUCAAUCACUGUUUGAAUGGUCGUUGUCGAACAAAUCGAGUCUUAUUUUGAUCGGCAUUGCCAAUGCUCUCGACCUGACAGAUCGGUCUCUGCCCCAACUGAAGGCGAAGAACCUGAAGCCAACUCUGCUCCCGUUCUUGCCGUACAACGCGGCCUCGAUUGCAAAUGUCAUUACGAACCGUCUUCGCUCUCUGGUUCCAAGCGACAUGGAUUCCGAUCCCAAGUUUGUUCCGUUCUUGCAACCAGCCGCCAUUCAACUUUGUGCAAAGAAGGUUGCUUCGCAAACAGGCGACCUUCGCAAAGCAUUCGAACUGAUAAAGCGUGCAAUUGAUACCAUCGAGCAAGAGACUCAGCAAAGGCUCGAAAAACAAGCUGCCGAUAGUGGGAAUGCAUCAGUACUUGCAGAAAACAAGAACUUGUCUUCCAAUACCAAGGGAGCUCCAGGCUCUCGACCAACCACAAUUUCAAGCUACACUGUUAUCACGGCGCCUCGUGCGAGUAUUGCGCAUAUCGCUCGUAUUACGACUUCAGCCUUCGGACAGGGCACUAUUCAAAGGCUGAAAGGCUUGAACCUUCAGCAGAAGGCUGCCAUAUGCUCUCUGAUCGCUCUCGAGCGCAAGCGCCGCGAGUUUGACAUCCCCUCUACGCCUUCCAAGUCGCGAUCUUCCGCUCCUACCGUCAAACAAGCAUUUGAUACCUAUUGCACGCUCUGCCGAAAUGACAACAUCCUUCACCCAUUGACUUCCACGGAAUUCAAAGAUGUUCUUGGCAAUCUGGAAACCAUGGGCCUUGUCGGUGAAUAUCAAGGCCGCGGUCGUGGUGGAACUGUUGCUGGCGGCUCCGAUGUCCGUCGCACACCCUCCAAGUCCGGAAACGUGAUCUCAACGCCUCACAAAGGCAUGGAUGAACAAGGCCUUGUGUGUUUUGUUUCCCAGUCUGAGAUUGAGGGUCAGCUUGUUGGCCCUGGCGAGGGUAUCCUAAGACGGCUUCUCCGUGGUGAAGGACUGUAA